AUGGGUAGUAUCCUUAAAGGAAGUGUUACUGGAAGAUCCACUCAUUGGUACUGUCCGAAAAAUGUUAAAACUCAAACAAUGUGGAUAAGUAAGGAUUAUAGCAUUCCUCCAUUAAUAAAUUGUCUUGGAGACUGGUUGUCAAUGAAAUACAAUAGUUCUUUGAAAGAUGCUACAAAUCAGGAUGGUGUUCAGAUGGAUAUUUUCGAUUUUGGUGGUGUUGGGGGUAUAACAUUUCUCGAUGACUUUGCUAACUUGACUAAUUUUAUUCCUUACUAUAAAAAAUAUAUUGAUUACCUUGAAAAUCAUGGAUACAUUGUUGGAAAAGACCUGUUUGGUGCACCAUUUGAUUGGAGACGAGGUAUAAUGCUUGGGAAUACUUAUUUCACUCAAUUAAAGCAAUUAAUUGAGUCGGCGUUUCGAAAGAAUUCGAAUCAAAAAGUUUCUCUCGUUGGUCAUUCUCUUGGCGGAUUUUUGAUUCAGCAUUUCCUUACUAACAUUACUACAGCAGAAUGGAGAUCGAAAUACAUUGAAUCUGCAAAUUUGGUUGCCCCUUCUUUUGGCGGUUCUGGAACUAUUAUAGAGAACAUUUGGAACGGAGCACUCUCUAUUAUGACGUAUUUCGGAGCAUCAUCCACAGAAAUGGAAAAAAUGAGUUCAUCUUUCGGAUCUAUGUAUGAUCAGCUUCCUAAUUUCAAUCUAUUUGGAGAUAAGAUCGUUUUUAUUGAUGAGAAUGCUAAAUCUUAUGCAGCUCGUGACUUGCCACAGUUAUUCAAGAAAUAUGGAAAAUUUAGAAGCACUCCUGAAAUCUGGGAACUGCACAAAAACACUCCUUCAUCAAUCCCAAAGCCAAUUGAUGUCCCUACUGGUAUUACAUACAACGAUAAAAUUUCAACACCAAUUGGUUACAAUGAUAUGUUAAAGCAAUACAUUUACGCUGAUGGAGAUGCUCUCAUAAACUCAGAAGGUCCUAAUUAUGCAUGCAAAAACUGGAAAUCAAAUUCGAAACUGAUUUGUCAAAACCUCAACACUCCUAACCAUUCUGCAUCUCACAUAAUGAUGAUUCUUGAUGAUGAAUAUAUCGACAGAGUUCUAAAGUAUUCGAUGAACAAUGAAUGGACAAAAUAA